CCACCUCAGGUCCCACAGGAACCCCCCAGAGAUACCGACCCAGGAUCCACCACCCACCUCAGGUGCCCCAGGAACCCCCCUGAGACCCCAACCCAAGGCCCCACCACCCACCCCAUUGAACCCCGGUAGAUCCCAACCUCCCUUGACCCACAGCUCCACCCUAGAAGAUCUCGACCACCACAGGCCACCCCUGGUCGCCAUGUCAGCCCCGCCCUUCGCCAUCAACCACCGCCUCUGCUUGACCGUCUACGCCGUGGUCUUCACCUUGGGCUUGCCCCUCAACGUGGCCGCCUUGGUGGCCUUGGGGACGGUGGCCCGACGCCGGCGCCUCCUCCCCGCCGACAUCCUCCUCCUCAACCUGACGGUGGGCGACCUGGCCUUGGUGGCCUCCUUGCCCGUCCGCAUGGCCGAGGCGGUUUGGGAGGCCACCUGGAAGUUACCACCUUCCCUCUGCCCCCUCUUCGUCUUCCUCUUCUUCACCAGCGUCUACCUCACCGUCCUCUCCCUCACCGCCCUCAGCGUGGACCGCUACCUCCGCGUGGCCUUCCCCGUCCGUUACCGGCGGUGUCACCGGGCCACCCACGCCGCCGCGGUGGCCGCCGGUGGCUUCUGGGUGGCCGCUUUGGCCCACUGCAGCGUGGUCUACGUGGCCCAACCCGCUUGGGCGGUGGCCAACGGGACGGCGUGCUACACUCGUUUCGCCGGUCCUCAGCUGGCCACCCUCUUGGCUCUUCGCUUGGAGAUCUUCUUGGUCCUCUUCUGCUUGCCCUUGGCCAUCACGGCCUUCUGCUACGGCCGCCUGGUCUGCAUCGUGGUGGCCCUUCCAGCCGCGGCGCCGGGGAGGAGACGGCGAGCGGUGGCUUUGGCCUCGGCCACGGCGGUGGCUUUUGUCCUCUGCUUCGCCCCUUUCAACGUGUCCCACGUGGUGGGGUACCUCCGGCAGGAGAACCCCCCGUGGAGAGCCUACGCCGUGCUCCUCACCACCUUCAGCGCCUGCCUGGACCCUCUCAUCUUCUGCUUCUCCUCGGCCACCUGGAGACGGGGGCUCCAGGAGGUUUGGGACGUGGUGGGACUCGGCCGGUUCUGCCCCGGGUGUCAACGGGUGGUGGGACCAAGAGAAGGUCCGGCCGAGGUGACGGGACCUGGAGGAGGUGGAGCAUCGUCUCCAUGAAGAAGGGGGCGGAGCUGAGACGCUGACACGGUGGGGACUUCCCAACUGAGAACUGGGAGAA